CGCCGGAGCCCGCCCCGCCCCGAGCAGGAUUGGAACUCGGCUCCCCGAUGGUCUUCUCUCCGCGGCCAUGGGUCCGGAGCGGGCUGCCGGACGCCGGACCCUCUUCUGGAUGCUCCUCGCCCACCAUUUUUUUGCGGCUUCUGCCUGCCACGAACCCCACUAUGGCCAGCUGAUUGAUGACCUGUGCCUCUCCAAGUUCAAGCUCGACAUGGAUGCCAUCGGGCCGGCACUGUGGUGCGACUGGGGGAAAACACUGGGGAGCUACGGAGAACUCACCAACUGCACCCUCCUGAUUGCCCACAAACUGGACUGCUACUGGCCCAGCCAGCUGGUGGACACGUUCUUCAUCGCCAUCCACAGAUUCUACUUCAAACACUGCGCCCUCACAGGGAGGAAGAUCCAAGACCCCCCGUACCACAUCUUGUGCCCCUUCAUCGCAGUCCCCAUCCUGGUGACCCUGCUCAUGACGGCCCUGGUGGCCUGGAGGAGCAAGCGGAAUGAGGGAAUUGUCUAGGCCCGUGGCCGGCACGGGUAAGAUGAGGUCUCCGGGAUCCCGCCUCCUGAAGCUGGUCCUGCGUGUGUGAGCCCGUGUGCGGCCCCUUGGAGGGUUGGGGGGGCGGGGGGAAAGCUAGAGAGAGGAAGAUGAGGGGCUGGAGGGAGGGUCCAGUGGGCCCUCUGUUUAACAUCUCCUGAACUCGGGUCAGACCGACAGUGUCGCUAGUGUUCGUGAUGCCCAAAGCCCCUCUCGCAGUUGUAGAAAAAAGCACUUGCUUUGUUGGAUUGAUAAGAAAAAUCAGAGGCAGGCAGGCCUUGGUGUAGAAAUAUUGGAAAUAUAGUUUAUUCCUCGGGAUAUUUGACCCCCAAGGGUUCUCGGAGGGUGUUCUUAUUCUCUCCAGGCUGCUGAGGCUGGUCGUUGCUUCUCAUGGGUAGAAUGUUCUUAGGCAGGAUCCUUUAAAUCGGCUGUGGUUUUGGAGAUUAAAGCUCUGUUCUCGGAUUUGGAAA